AUGGAUGAGGAGGUUCAGGAAAAGCAGCUUUUGGCCGAGGAAGAAGAUGGAAUGGAGCAGCUAGUGGCCGAGGAGGGACUUGAAGCAGAGCAGCUUGUACCUGAGGAGAGCUUAGCCAUUCCAACUGGCCCAAUCACUCGUUCACGAACUAAGGCACUAAACCAAGCAAUUGGCAAAGUCCUUAGCGCCUUGAACCAACAAGAACACAAGCCAACCACUUUGAUCAUCCUCUCACUUGUUGUGCGUAAUAUGAACACGUUGGAGGCGGUGUUAGAGUUUUCUUUCCGCUGGAACUCUAGUAUAGCCAAUCGAUCCAUCUCUCAAACCAUUCAAUCAUUCAUCAUCGGUUUCCUUGUGAUCCGAUCCACUCCUUCACUUACCUUCAUAGUCGAUCUAUUCCAGGGGCGUAUCAAGUGGUAUCAGAGCCCCUUGAAGCUAAGUGAUCUCGAUCUUUAUGUUUUUGACUGUUCAUCUUCUAAAUCUGAAAAUCGUAGAUCUUGA